AUGGAAUCAGUAGAAGAUGAUUUAGAACAAUUACUCAAUGAAUUAACUUCACCUAAUAUUUUAAAUAACAUAUCCGAAAAGUUAAAACAAAGUGAACCUUCAGAAUUUUCAGAAAAUCAUUCAAAUCAUAAUCACAAUCAUAACCACGGUUAUAAUCAGAAUAUAAAUCAUGCACAACAAUAUUAUCAAACAAAUUUUGAUGAUGAAACUGGUAGUAAUGCAGAAGAUGUUAGAAGGUUAUUAGAAGAGACAGACUCAAAUUAUGGGGGUAGUACUGUACAUUCAAUGAACACAACACCAAAUCUUUAUUCAAUGAGAAAUCUUUUACACACAGAGUUAUCAUUAGAUGCACUUAAACCAGUAUCAGAAAAUUCACCAUUACAUAUGAGUGCAACAAGACCAGUUUCAACUUCAGUUAGGUUACCAAGAUUAAGUAUUUGCGAAGAGGACGAUUCAGAAUUAUCAUCCGACGAUGUCUCAUCAUCAGACUCCGAUUAUGACGAUGAUUCAUCAACUUCAUCAUCUCUAUCUUUAAGAAACUAUAAUAAUGCUGCAGAUAAUAAUGUUCAAAUUAAAGAUGAUGACUCUGAUAUGGAAUCAUCUGAAUCAUCUGAACAAUAUGGUUCACCAUCGAAUCAAAGAAGAAAGGAAAUUUUAAAAUUAGAAAAGCAAAUUCAGAUUCAAGAGAAAAAGAGAAUAUUAAAAGAAAAGAUUCAAGAGCAAGAUGAUGCCGCUGCUGAAGAAUUAUCAUUAAAUAAAGCAUCUGCUUCAACAACAGCAACAGUAACAACCACUACCACUUCCACUACCACCACUACUAUAAUAAGUGAUUCAUUGCCUCCAGUUCCAUCAAGUAGUAAAUCUAGAUCUGUUUCAGUGUCAUCUAAUCAUGAAGUUAGUCACCCAAUUAGUAAAGAAAGAAAAAGAUCAAUUUUGCAAUCAUUCGAAGAGGGUUCACCAUUAAGAUCAUCAUCAAGACUACCAUCAUCAAGAGGUGGCUCAAUUAAAAUUAAAGUUUCAAAGGUUUUAGAAGAAGAAAUACAAUUACAACAAGAGUUUGAAAAGCAAGAGCAAAUUAGAAACUCUGCAAGAUUAAGCCAAGUUAUUAGAGAAUUAAAUAUGAGUACUAUAUUUGAUCAAAAAUCAGAUGAUGGUGAAACAAAACAAGAAGAAUCACAACAAGAAGAGCCACAACAAGAAAAAGUUAAAACUUUAACUCCCGAAGAAGAGGAAAUCGAAAUAGCUAAACAAGAGGCAAUUGAAAGAAUGAGAGAGCAAGUAUUUUCGCAAUUAGAUUUACUAGAGGAUCCAAUUAAAGCUACAGCUAAACUAUCAUCAAAAGCUGGUGAACCAUCCAAAAAAGAUCAAGAUUCAGAAGCAUCAGCCUCAUCACCAACAUUAGAGCCAUCAACAGUUAUUCCACUUCCAGGAAACCAAGCUAAUAGAUUUUUAAAUACUCAAACUAGACCAAGAAAAGAUUCAAUUUCUGAUCGUUGGGAUAUUGGUAGAAAAGAACAACCACGUCGUUCAAUGACUUUACACAUUCAAAGAGUUGGUGAAGAUUUUUCAGUAAAGAGACAAGAGGUAAAGAAAGUUAACGCCGAGCUUGAAAAAAUUUUAGUUCAUAUUUCACUUGUUGAUCAAUCACAUAAAGUUAUUUGUAUCACCGAAGAUUUCCUUGUACAAGAUGUAAUAUUAUUAUUUGCAGAAAAAUUAGGUCUAGUUCAAACAGAGUUCUUUUCAUUAGCCGAAGUUACAGUAGAUGGUUAUGAUCGUUGGUUAGAUCCAACAAAGUUAGUUAAAGAAGCUGGUAUUAAAAAUCUUUCAAAAUUAGUUUUCAAAAUUAAAUACUUCAAACAACCAAAAAGAUUAUCAGAUUCAAAAGCAGUUCACCUUUAUUAUUUACAAAUUCAACAAUCUGUUGUUAGUGGUACCUAUCCAUGCUCCGAAGCAAUGUCAUUUAGAUUAGCUGCACUUCAGUUCUAUAUCACAUUUGGUGCUCAUGAUAAAGAAAAACAUGCUCCAGGUUUCCUUGAUUCAGGUUCGCUCUCAGAAUUUAUACCAGAAGCUUUCUUUUUCGAACUACCUGAUGAAAUUAUUCAAAAACGUCUCUUCCUUUUACACUCUCAAAUUAAAUGUAGUUCUGUUAUUGAAGCUAAACUUAGAUAUCUCGAUUUAUCAAAUAAAAUCCCAACUUUUGGUGUAACCUCAUUCCAAGUUCAUGAUGGUGUUAGAGAGUCAUCAAUUGCACGACAUAAACGUAAUUUAUGUGUUGCUGAAGAUGGUGUUUUAAUCUCAAGAAAAGAUAGAGCAGGUUAUGACUUUUUCAGUUACAAAGAAAUUAUUGGUUAUCAAGUUACAACAAGAGGUCUUAAAAUUCAAAUUCCACAUUCAUCAGUUACACCAAAUACUUCAGAAAAUAUAAGCUUUGAUACAUCCUCAUAUGAACAAUCAGCAAAUAUAGUCGAGUUAAUGUCUGGUUAUAAAUAUUUUAUUCAACAUGACGAGUUUAUUAGAGGUAUUGGUUCACCAAUAGAAAAAGUUGAUUUAAAUAUUUCUGUACUUUUACCUCUAUUCCAAUCUCCAAAAGUUAGAACAAAGAGUGAUCCACUCCGUAGUCGUUUAGAGUUAUUUAAAAUCAAUUAUUUAACACUUUGUCAAAAUUUCCAUACCAAACCAAUUUUAAAAUUAAUAGAACAAAUCGAUCAUGUUUUAGAUAAAGAAGGUGGUUUUAGAGAAAACUUAAAUUAUGAUAAAAUCGAAUUACCAUCAUUAAAUUUAAAAGGUUCGGAUUUAUCAUUUAUUGCUGAUGCAUUAAAAGACUCAUUAAAUACUGUAAUCGAGGAAGGUGAAAGUAUAGUUGAAAAUUUAAAUAUUUUAACUUUAGAUUUAUCAACCAAUCAAAUGUUAGCACUUGAUGCUUUUGAACCAUUAAAAAUCAUUAUGACCUGUAAUACUAUUGUUCAUUUAAAUUUAAAAAAUAUUGGUUUACCAAACAAAUUGGUAAUGUCACUUGUAACAAUUAUAGAAAAAUAUCCAAAAAUUGAAACAUUAAAUAUUAGUAAAAAUAGAAUUGAUGAAUCAGGAGUUAGAGUUAUUUUAAGAGCUAUUAAGAAUUUUAAUAAAAAUAUUGAAACCCUUGGAUUCGAGGAUAUAAAUUUAACAGAUUCAGGUUGUAAAGUUAUUGAAAAACUUUUAUCAAAUAAUAAAACAUUAAAGAGUUUAAAUAUUUCAAAGAAUAAAAUUUCAGAAGCAGGCUUUAAAAUUAUAUUUGAAGGUAUAAAGAAGGCUACAAAUUUACAAGAUUUAAAUAUUAGUGGUAAUCCAAUUCAAAGUAAAAUCAUGACAAAAUUCAUCAAAUAUAUAGCAUCGAGUGAAACAGCAAUUCAAAAACUCAACAUUGGUAACACUGGAUUAAAUACAGGAUUGGGUUCAGAAAUUCAAAAGUAUCUUGUUAGUACAAGUUGUCAUCUUACCUCUUUGGAUGUUGCCUACAACAAUUUGGGUGCUGAUGGUACAAAGAAUAUAAUUAAAGGUGUUGUAAAUAAUCAUAUUAUUAAUGAUUUAUCACUCUCUGCCAACAAGAUUGACUAUAAUGGUUGUAAUGAACUUUGCAAUUUAUUAGAGUUAUCAUCUGCCAAUACCAAAACUCUAUAUAUAAGAUAUUGCGAACUUAGUUCAAGAUCGCUAGUUAGAGUUUGCAAAAUGUUAGAGUUAAAUGCCACCAUCAAUGUUUUAGAUUUAUCAAUGAAUAAGUUCUCCAAACAAACUGCCACAGCCAUCGCACACUCUUUAGAAAGAAACAGAACCCUUGAAGAUUUAUUUUUAACCCAAGCCAGUAUGUCACACACUGAAAUCGAUAUCAUCUCAGCAGGUAUUCAAAAGAACCAAAAAAUAAAAAGAUUGUUCUUGGAUGUUAACCCAAUCGGUAAAAAAGGUAUUAAUAGUUUAGCUCAAAUGGUAAAUAACAACACCUCUCUUGAAGCUCUCGGCCUUAGAAAUACAAAUCUCAAUAGCAAAGAUAUUUUAGAAUUCCUUAAACAAUUAAAUCAAAACAUUUCAAUUAAAACAAUUAAUCUAACAGAAAACAAUUUAGAAAAAAUAACACAACAAACAAAACUUUUAAUUAGUGACCAACUUAAAAGACUCCAACAAGUUAAUAUCCAAUAUUAA